AGAAAACCCCCAAAAUAGAUGUUGCUAUAAUAUCAAAACUUCCAAAGUGAUAGCGAGUGUAUGCUUGCUUUGUGAAAUUGAUACGAAAGUGAAAAAUGUGAGAGUGAAGAAGUGAUGGAUUCACAAAUAGAAUGACGUACACCUUCAACAACCUCCUGCUCAAAUUGAUUAUGCUUUCUGGGUUAAUCUCCUUUUUAUUCUAUUUCGCUUAAUAUCGCCAGCUUUUGUAUCAUCCAAUUUCAUUCUUACACAGGAUUUCCCAAUAAUUUGAAGCUCCAGAUCUAGUUAUGUAUAAAAACCAAUUGCAAGAGUUAGCUCAGCGCAGCUGUUUCAACCUGCCAUCUUAUGCCUGUAUCCGUGAAGGACCAGACCACGCCCCACGUUUCAAGGCUUCUGUUAACUUUAAUGGAGAGAUAUUUGAUAGCCCAGCCUUCUUCUCUACUUUGAGGCAGGCUGAGCAUUCAGCUGCAGAAGUAGCUUUAAACACACUGGCAGAUAGAGGUCCGUCAAAAACACUUGCGGCUAAAGUUUUGGAUGAAACUGGAGUUUAUAAAAACUUGCUUCAAGAGACAGCUCAUAGAGCCGGCCUGAAUCUCCCUGUUUACACCACUAUUCGUUCAGGGCCAGGACAUGUUCCUAUUUUCUCAUGCACAGUUGAGUUGGCAGGAAUGACUUUCACGGGAGAGGCAGCUAAAACAAAGAAACAAGCUCAGAAAAACGCAGCUAUUGCUGCUUGGUCUUCCUUGAAACAAAUGUCUCAAUGCGGCUCAUCUUCUUCUGCCAAUAUCUCCGGAGGUCACGAAGAGCAGGAACAAGUAGUUGUUGCUCGCUUUCUUGGUAGCCUUAACCCAGCAGAGCCAAGUAACUCCUCACAAAGUAAUCAGCAAAAGGGGUACCAUAGGUCACCUGCAUCUACAACAACCUGCAGAAAUUCAUUUCCAUCAACUCCAACAUCGUUUGGCAUCCGUUAUCAGAACUGGAUAUCUUCCAAUAUCUCUCCUGAAAUGGUAAGUCAUCAUAUUUGGCUGCAGGGACAGCCAACAGAGCAGCAGCGCCGUAUUAUGGCACUUCAAAUUCCUAUCCAACAAGUUCCUCGGCUUCCUCCACCCAACCAAGUUGUCCCAUGGAUGCAUUCUAUGUUGCAGCCAAGUCCUCAUCCGUACUGCUUGACUGGGGAACAACAACCCGUUCCUCUCUCGCCCGGGAUCUCCAUGUGUGCCGCCAACUCACCCUUCUAUUUCUCGAAUCACUUGGUGCGGGAUCCUAUGAAAGCUAGGUCAAUGGUGGCUGUUCAAGAGCUACACGAGGAAAAACAAGAAGAAUCUUCUAAUCAUUGUUCACCUGAGCCCUCAAAAUCUCCUGUUCUCAGCAAUGAUGGUGCUAAACUUGUAUUGGAUGAAAAGCUUCAAAAGGAAGCCAAACAGGACAGUUUGCCUCAAGCUGAAAACAUCAGUUCAGCUUCAAUGAAAGUCCAAGAAAAAGGACCGCCCAUGUUUGAAUCUUCAAUGCCGCCUAACAUUAGAUCUAGCCGUGCUGCCACCUCAAACAACCCUGUAAAUACAGGAAUGGCCAUGCCAACAGCCUCACAAGGUGUUACAGUGGGACCUACCAAUAGGAAUUUUAGAUAUCCGAUUACCACUCCACGAAUGCAAAGUGGUGGUGUGGGUUCAUUUGCGGUGAGACCUAGGUAUGGAAGAAUGCAAGCUGGGGGUUUUCGACCAACAUUUACUGCACCUGCUGUACAAAUCAGAUCAGUUGUGCCUGUAUGUUCUGCAGCCCCGCCUAGAAGAAUGACAAGUUCCCCUCAGAAGGAAGAAUCAAGUGAUGACAUGAGGAAUAAUAGUACGGGUGAUGUUUCUGUUAUUAAAUCGAAGCUGGAGAAUCUCGAAAUAUAGAAUAGUGGCAUAUAAUUUAGGUAGUAUAGAUGCAUGUUAGAAUUGCUAUAAAUUUUGCAGUUUUGAAAGUGUACUUGUGUAUGUAUGUAUGUUGGUGAUUAAACGAUGAGACUGCAAUGUUUCAGAUAAAUAAAACAAAUCAUUGUUCCCUGUUUUUGUUUCUGAGAAACGAAGCUCAGUGUGUUCGAUCUCU